UGGCUCUUCUCCACCCAGGUAGCUAAGCUGCCAGUCCUGUUGGACUUGUCCUACCCGGGAGGGAUGAGUGCAGGCUUGGGUCUGCUCCACUGUCCUCUCCGGCACAGCUAGUGCCAUGGACACCUCAUGGGUUCUGCCACUCUUCCUACUCCUGGCCUCCCGAUUAGGGGUCCUAGCCCUCAGAGCCUCAUCUGAACUUCAGCAAACCAAUUUCUCCUCUGCUUUCUCUUCCGACUCAGAAAGUUCUUCCCAGGGGCUGGGUUCGGAAGUUCCUUCCAUCAAACCUCCCAACCUGAAAUUUCUGAAUCAGUCUUCCAGUUCAAAAGCCUCUGCUGGAAUAAUCUCUGAUUCCAACUGGUUUCCUGAGGCUCUGAACUCCAACAAUCCAUCUGGAUCCUUCUGGUCAAAUGCUUCUGCUGAGGGUCAAGAUUUGAGCCUGGAUCCCAUUCCUGGUUCCAAAGUACUUCCUGAUAUCUUAGAUCCUCAAGUUCCUGCCAAAGACCCCAAGCCUUCCUUCCCUAUUAAGACCCCAACUUCAAAUAUUUCUGGUCAAGUUCCCGAUACCAAAGAAUCUGUUGAGGCCCCAGGUUCAAAAGAUCUUGAACUCUUUGCCCAGAACCCUGAAUCCAAAGUUUCCACUGAGACCCACCCAGCUGCAAGCUUCCCUCAGCAGGUGAGGGGGCCUCUUGCUGUGCUGGUGGGGGCCACCAUCUGGCUCCCCCUGGUCCCAGUCCCCAGCCCUGGCCCUCCUGCCCCUCUGGUGGUCUGGCGCCGGGGCUCCAAGGUGCUAGCAGCAGGGGGCCUGGGACCAGGGGCUCCUCUGAUCAGCCUGGACCCUGUUCACCGGAGUCGCCUGCGAUUUGACCAGGCCAGAGGGGGUCUGGAACUCACCUCUGCCCAGCUGGAUGAUGCCGGGGUCUAUACGGCUGAGGUCAUCAGGGCAGGGGUCUCCCGGCAGAUUCGGGAGUUCACGGUGGGUGUGUACGAGCCCCUACCCCAGCUAUCGGUGCAGCCUAAGGCCCCAGAGACAGAGGAGGGAGCGGCGGAGCUUCGGCUGCGCUGCGUGGGGUGGGAACCGAGUCGCGGGGUGCUGAGCUGGAGUCAGAACGGACGCGCUCUGGAGGCAGCGGACCUUGAGGGAGUGGAGCCGCCCCGCAUCCGCUUUGAGGGUGACCAACUGGUCAUCGCGCGUCCUGUGCGCAGCGACCACGCCCGAUACACUUGCAGCGUCCGCAGCCCCUUUGGUCACGCGGAGGCUUCAGCGGACGUCUGCGUCUUCUAUGGCCCGGAUCCGCCUGUUAUCACUGUCUCCUCGAACCGCGACGCAACCCCUGUUCUCUAUGUCACCGCGGGCAGCAACGUGACCAUGCGCUGCUCCGCCGCCUCGCGGCCUCCCGCCGACAUCGCGUGGAGCCUGGCGGACCCAGCCGAGGCCGCGGUGCCCGCGGGGCCACACCUCCUGCUGCCGGCGGUUGGGCCGGGCCACGCAGGCGCCUACGCCUGCCUUGCCGCGAACCCGCGCACCGGACGCCGCCGUCGCUCUCUGCUCAACCUCACGGUGGCAGAUCUGCCCCCUGGGUCCCCACAGUGCUCUGUGGAAGGGGGUCCUGGGGACCGCAGCCUCCGCUUCCGCUGCUCGUGGCCGGGCGGGGUCCCUGCCGCCUCCCUGCAGUUCCAGGGUCUCCCCGAAGGCGUCCGCGCGGGGCCAGUGCGCUCUGAACUCCUGGCAGCCGUCCCCGCCCACCCUCGGCUCAGCGGCGUCCCUAUUACCUGCCUUGCUCGCCACCUGGUGGCGACGCGCACCUGCACUGUCACCCCGGAGGCCCCCAGACAGGUGCUGCUACAUCCGCUAGUGGAGGAAACAGAGUCGGGGGAGGCAGAGGUGGCACUGGAGACCUCUGGAUGUCUCCCGCCCGCACGAGCGUCCUGGGCCCGGGAAGGGCGCCCGCUGGCUCCAGGAGGUGGGAGUCGCCUGCGGCUCAGUCAAGAUGGGCGGAAGCUCAUCAUCGGCAACUUCAGCUUGGAUUGGGACUUGGGGAAUUACUCCGUGUUGUGCAGUGGGGCUCUCGGUGCUGGGGGCGACCAGAUCACCCUCAUUGGACCCUCCAUCUCCUCGUGGAGGCUUCAGAGAGCCCGGAAUGCGGCAGUGCUAACAUGGGAUGUGGAGCGUGGCGCCCUGAUCAGUGGUUUUGAGAUUCAGGCACAGCUGGAGGCGCCUGGCUUGGGCAGGACUUCCACCUACAAGGACUGGGUCUCCCUGCUCAUCCUGGGGCCUAGAGAGAGGUCAGCCAUCCUGCCCCUUUCAUCUCGGAACCCUGGGUCCUGGGCCUUGCGUGUCCUACCCGUCCUGGGUGGUCAGCCAGGGAUUCCAUCGCAAAGCCGGGUCUACCAGCAGGGCCCCACCCUGGGCCCUGGGGCCAUUGCUGGCAUUGUCCUGGGCUCCUUACUGGGCCUGGCUCUGCUAGCAGCGCUUCUCCUGCUGUGCAUCUGCUGUCUGUGCCGCUUUCAGGGGAAGACUCCUAAGAAAAAGAAGCAUCCCCCGAGUUUGGCCCCUGUGGUCACUGCACCAGAAAAGAAGAUGCAUAGUGUGACCCCAGUGCAGAUGUCAUGGCCGUUGCCCCUCAAAGUCCCCCUGGAGGACCCUAGCCCAACUAAGGCCUACCAAGCCACAGGUCCCAGUCCCGUCAUCUCUCCAGGAGUGGGCCCAAAAACUGUUCGGUCAGCCACACAGGUGUGAUCAGAGCUGAUGGCCUACCCUGUACAGGGUGUUUUGGAGCAGAACUUCCUGUUUUGCCCCAGCAG